UCACCGGCGGCGGGCGCGAAGGCUCCCGGGAGGUGGAGCAGGAGGAGGCGGAGGGCAUCAUGGCGCCGGCGGUCAAGGAGGACGAGGAGAAGCUGCAGCUGGUGGCCCGGAGCAUCCGGCCCUUCCCCGAUUUCCCCAAGCCCGGAAUCCUCUUCCGUGACAUCACUCCCUUGCUGAAGGACCCCGACUCCUUCCGGGCUUCGAUAGAUCUUUUGGAAAGUCACUUGCAAAAGACUUUCCCACAGAAGAUCGACUACAUUGCAGGCUUGGAUUCUCGUGGUUUCCUGUUUGGCCCAUCCCUGGCCCAAAGAUUGCAGAUCGGGUUCAUUUUGAUCCGGAAAAAGGGAAAGCUCCCGGGACCCACCGUGUCCACGUCUUACGAUCUCGAGUACGGAAAGGCUGAACUGGAAGUCCAGACGGAUGCGAUCGAGCCAGGGAAGAAGGUGAUCAUUGUGGACGAUCUGCUGGCCACGGGAGGUACCAUGGGGGCCGCCUGUGACCUCCUGAGGAAGUUGAAAGCCGACAUCUUGGAGUGCGUGACUGUGAUCGAGUUAACGACUCUGAGAGGGAAAGAGAAAGUGAAACCGGUCCCGCUGUUCUCCCUGCUGCAGUUCGACUAGAGGCCUCCGGAACUCGCCCUCCCGACUUCCCACCUGGACCAAACUGGGGCGGGCGAGGUGCCAGGGACGCGCGUGAGAUUUUUCAAGCCAAAGAUUUCCGAUGUAGAUUUUUAUUCUGGGCCAGAAACGGGCCGACCAGAUUCCCCGGUGCUCACCUGGCUUGGGUUGUACGGAGGGGGCGUCUCCCGGGGCGGGGACUCGGAGUUGUGCAGUUUGGGAAGCCGGACCUGCCCACCGGGCUGUCCGGGCUGGGUCCUGAGACACCCAACUGGGUGGGUCUCUGUCCCCUGGAGAUCUGAGCAAGUGAUCCAAGCUUCCCAACUCACUCCCGUGGAGUGUGGGAGAAUCUGGCCCCAGGGAGUAGGGGGAGGUGGGAGGAAGGGACGCCCUGAGGCGUCCCCGCCCCUUCCCUUAUUCCCCCUGAAUGAACCCCAGCCCUUGCAGUUUUCAGCGUUAAAUCACGCCCAUCUUCAGGACAGAUACGAUAUCUGUCUCCCUUCGGCGGCUCAAGUCCCCGUUGCCCGGUUCUCCGGACUUCCUGCUUCCGAAAGAGGGUGCGGGCAGACGAACCGGCCUGCUCCGUCUGGAUGACGGGUGGUGCCUUCUUGAGAAGAAAGUUACGAAUCCUGAGCUCGGGGCUAAGUGGAAAGUGGCCCCGAUCUUUUACUCUCGUGCCUUACAGCUCUAAGUAAACCCAGCAGUACCUCUUGGCCCAUGCUAUAUAUUGUCUUUCUGUCGCUUCUCAAAACAAUGAUAAUCUUAUGCAGGCUUUAGUAAUAAUGUUGAUGGUAUUUGUUUCUCUAGACUCGUGAGCAGGGAAUGUGUCUGUCUGUUAUAUUGUACUCUCCCAAGUGCUUAGCAUAGUGCUUUGCACACAGUAAGCGCUCGGGAAAUACGACUGAAUGAAUGAAAAGUUUACCCUGUGCCAAACACUGGGCUAAACACUGGAGUAGGAGGCACAGUCAGAUCAGACGCUGUCCUUAUCCAACAGCUUUAGGGGAGGGAGAACUGCAAUUUUAACAGGUCAAAACUUGGGAGCCGCUCCCUCAUCCCUCUAGCCUAUAAGCUUGUUGUAGAUACAUUUCCUGCCCACGUUCCGUGAUACUGUAUUCUCGCAAAGGCUCAGUACAGUGCCCUGCAUACAGUAAGUGCUCAAUAAGUACCACUGAUUGAUCGCCUCGGUCCAGAAAGGUCAUUCCACCGGGAGCAGGUGGGUUUUUAACUCAGGCCCGGGCCACGGCUCCCUGCGGCCCUCAGGUGGCAGGUAUCCGGGUUGUCCACGCUGCCCGGCGGGGAGGCAGGCGUUUCAAAAAAGGCAAAGGUGGGUUGGAGGGUGAUUGGCACGGGCAACUCCAGGGUUGGAGUAGAUUGUCAAGGCACUAGGAGGCCUCAGCCUGUUUUUUCACUGAACUCGCACGUAAUAAGUAAAACCUCUUUCCUAAAAACUGAUUCGUAAACCUGAACCGUAGCAGGAGCCAGGAAUUCAGAAGCCUUUCCUCUCCUGUCAUGUGGGAGGAAAUUAGUGUGUCAGUGUUGUCUGGUGAACGGGGAGGCCCCGGGUUCAGCUAUGGACUGCUAAACUGUCCAAUCGGUGAACUGGGCUCCUCUUACUGUAGGGUGUGUUUACUGAGUGUUGAGGAGCAAGAGUUUAAGCACUGCAAUUCCUGCUUCUGAAAAUGGCCUAGGGGUGACUGAUAAGGGCUUAAUGGUUUAGCUGGAGUUUCAUACUGGUUUAUAUCUGUAAAGAGAGGCCCGACAGCGGCUCCGUUGAGGCAAACCCCCUGGAGCCGGCUACUGAGCGGGACCUAGAGUUGGUGGCCAGGACCCUCUUGUGGCUUCCCAUCCCGAGUCAGUGUCUGCCUCAUCUUGCCCUUUCAGGGAAGGAGUAGGGGUGACUGGAAACUGACCAAAGCCGUCAUUCUCCUCCCCGCCCACCCCCCGUUCCCUCAUUUCGUUGCCACCCUCGCCCGCCGCCCCACAUCUGCUCCCGCAUCUUCACAGCUUAGCUCUGCAGGUCGAGCGUGGGGCCUCUAUCACAUGCUCCCAACCCCAUCUCUUCCAGCUCCGAUUUGACCAUUUGAAUUUACACACGCACCGAAAACCUGCCCUCACACAAAUGAUAAAUCAAAGCAAAAGCUGACUUGCAACAAAAUUUAAUAUCGAUACCUAUUUAGCACAAGUUUUGGUCCAAAUAAAAUACACGACUCUGUAACUAACUGCAAAAAAAA